AUGGGCGAUGCACAGAAGAACUGGGGCAUCAGCCUCCUACUUGUUGACAUUGAAGCAGCCCUGAUGGAGGAGCGCGCCCGCGCAGCAGUGCUCCAGCGAUCCACGGUAGCCGUCAUCGGGCGACUGCAGGAGCAGAUGGAGGAGCUCGCGAUGAAAGCCCAGUCCGUGCGUGAUGGCAACAGCCCCUUUGUGCUGUCAACGUCCUAUCGGAUCCCAAACACGCCGCUCCAGUUCGUCAGCCGCUACGAGCAAGGACGUGCCAACAUCGAGCUCACCCUGACGCCAGACAAGGAUCCCACGAAGUCCGAAGGAGGAUUCGCCGAGUCGAUUGGUCCGGCAAACAUCGGAGUCUCCUUCGACGUGGGGGUGUAG